AGUCUUUCUGUCAUCGAUGUUGUUAUUCGUGCGAAGUUUUCUCCGAUUUCUUGCACCCUCGAUUCUCCCUCGAGUGCACACUUAAAAGCAUUAGUCGAUUUUACAGUUCAACAUCACAAAUCAUAAUAAAAAUUGUCAAAGAAAAACAAGAUUCAAUAGCAGUUUCUAUUUUUCAUUAUUCUUCGGCAUUUUUCAAUAUAUCAGAACUGAAUAUCAGCAUUUUUACCACUACCAGGCAAAAUGAGAAAACUGCGUGGAGGACAAACCAAGGAAACCCGCAAGCAGAAGCAGGAGCGACGGGAAGAGAAUCAGAAAAUCCAGCAACAGCUCAAAACGAUUGUGCUUCCGAUCUGUGGUGUGUUCCUGAUGUGCAUAGUGGUUUACGUAUUCCUAAAAACGCGUCCCCGAUAUGAGGAAUUGUAGAAAGAAUGAAUACCACUCAAUUUAUUUUAAUUUGGCGAUAUAUCGCAACAUAUUCCUUUUUUACGAACGAUUUUCUGAGCAGUAUAGAAAACACUAUUUUUACAAAGGAAUAUUUUCCACAUUUCAUCGUGCUUUAUUAGACUAACGAAAACAUUGCAAUUGUUUCAAAUCACAUUCUUUUUAUAGGUGAAAUGCCCAGUGAAUGCAGUGUAAUGUACAAAGUUUACGAAAUCUAUCUUUAUAUUACAAUGGAAUAAAAUUAUCCUUCAAUUAUUUGUUUCA